GUCUGAACUUGUCUGAGCAGAGAGAAAAACAGUAAAUAUAUUUGAGCUGAGUCACUAAGUCCACAGACUCCACCCACACAGAGAACUGUUCCUGCUUCCAUGUCAAAAACAAGAAAACUUCAUGAAACUUCGACAUACAGGAUUAGUGGAAUUAAUUAACCAGAAAUACAGCAAGAUUAAAAUAAAUACAAUCAGCAGCUGAAGACUAAAGAGAGAGACGGAGAUAUCAUCAUGUCUGACACUGAGAGCAAAGGAUCAGGACGUUUAAUUGAAGCAUAUGUCUGAACUUGUCUGAGCAGAGAGAAAAACAGUAAAUAUAUUUGAGCUGAGUCACUAAGUCCACAGACUCCACCCACACAGAGAACUGUUCCUGCUUCCAUGUCAAAAACAAGGAAACUUCAUGAAACUUCGACAUACAGGAUUAGUGGAAUUAAUUAACCAGAAAUACAGCAAGAUUAAAAUAAAUACAAUCAGCAGCUGAAGACUAAAGAGAGAGACGGAGAUAUCAUCAUGUCUGACACUGAGAGCAAAGUGACUCCUGUCAUAAAACCUAAUAUUAGAAAAACAUGGAGCAAAGAACAUCCCCUUUAAGUAAGUCUUCGGAUAGAUAAGCAUGAAGUUAUGAACAGUUUAUGGAAAUUAUGGGCUGUUUUAUUGCUUACAAAACAGAUGAACCGAAUUUAACCAAUAUCACAUGUGUUCUGUGUUUUACAUUUUUAUAUUUCACAGUGAGGAUUGUUCUGCUGGGGACGAAUGCUUCAGGAAACAGUCGAGUGGGAAACUUCCUGUUAGGAAGAGCAGCGUUUGAGACUGAAGAACCUCCAGAUGUUGUAGAGAGAGUUGGAGGAAGACACAUGACAGUCAUCAAAUCUCCAAACAUCUCACUCCAUCAGGUGACACAGAUAGUGAAAGAGUGUGUGUCUCUGUCUGCUCCAGGACCUCAUGUGAUCCUUCUGGUACUGAAACAUGAUCAGUGUUCAAGAGAAGAGAAAGAGUGUGUGGAGAUGCUGCUCAACUCUUUCUCUCACACUGUUUAUCAACACACCAUGAUGAUCACCACACACGAGUCACACACUCAAGUCAAUGACAUUAUACAGGAAAUCAUUCACAAAUGCAACGACAGACACUUCAGACUGGAGAGAAACAGCACUUCUGCUCAACUGAUGGAGAAAUGUGAAGAGAUUGUACACAGUAAUGGAGGACAACAUCUGAUCUGUACUGAAUAUGAAAGUUCACAGUAUUUCACAAUGGAGCAGCAGGACAGAGAAAGAGAAAAAGAAAAUCUUCAGACCAAAUAUGACACAGAAAUAAACAAAGAACAAGUGGAGAAAAAUGAACUGCAAGUGCAAGAAGAGAGAAAUAUGAGAGAAGAGCAACAAAAGACUUCUGAAGAACAGAGAAAAGAUGAACUAGAGAGAAAACAUGUUAAGUGGAGAGAGCAGAUGAAGAAGAUCUGGACUGAAAGACGUGCUUCAGUGAAAUUCGCAGCAAACAGGAGACUAGAUACAGAAUACAGCAAGUGGACCUGGAGUCUUCGGAGUGCCAUGCUGGAAAUUGAGAACAAACUACAAAACAACAUAGAAAAUGAAGCAAUUCAUGAGAUUCAGGAAACAGAUCUUCAAACAGAACUGAAAGAUAAAAGUGAAGAAGUGAAAAUGUUGAUGUCUGAGUUCUAUGAGAAAGAAAAAGAUAAAGAAAUACUGAUUCAGUGGAAAAUAAAAAUUCAAGAAAACAUUGUGAGAGAAACAAAAAGAAAAUUAAAUGAGAUUCUUCAACAGCGAGAUUUGAAGAAAGAGAUUGAUGCUCAGAAAACACAACAUGAAAACACUCUCUUUGAAAUAAGCAAAGAACUUGCCUUAACACUCAAAGACAAAGCAAAUGAUGAAGAAACUCUGAAGAAAGAGUUUGAUUGCUUUUGGGAAGAGUGUGUUAAGAUGACAUUCAGAGACACUCCUCAAAUCAAAGACAUGGACAUAAUAAGAGAUAUGAAACAACUCCUCAGUGAAAUCUAUGAAAGUGCUCCUGAAGAUCACAUCAUGAACGGGGAUAUUUUCUGUGUGCCGAGUUAUUCAGAUUAUUUGCGGUCAAAGAAACUCUGUAUUUAUACAAAAAAAUGUAUAAAUUCCAACAGACUUGUACCAGCAACAGAUAAAUCUUGGGAGUGUUUUACUCUGUCUAAUGAGGAUGAAACACAAAUAAGAUCGUUAGUCUGUGAAAUUGCUCAUGAGACAGACAAAAUGAUCCUGUUAUUUAACAUUUCAAAGAUGGGCUACAACAUCAGCUACAUUCAACAACUCACAGAAUAUAUAAAGACAAGAUUUUUAAAACAUCAGAAUGGACCAGUGAACUAUGAGUUCACGAAUGAAUUCUUCAUGGAUUUGGUGUUUUCUAUCUGUAAGAGAGCAAAUAAGACUUUCACUGACCAACACAAACUGUUCAGAGAAGUCAAUGAUCCUGUAAUAUAUUUUGAAAGGAAGAGACGAGAGUACUUCAGUGUUUUCCAGAAAUAUUAUAAAGGUGCAUCAUCAGCUGCUGUUUUUGGUGAGAUCAUCUGUCAGAAACUGAAAGAUCCCAUUGAACAGAGUGUCUACAAGAACACUGCCAGAGAUUUAGCAGAAGAAAUGAGAACAAACUGUGAAUCACUGAAUGGAAACAGAUCUAAACUGGAGAAACACAUCCUGAAGACACUGGCAGAAGAGGAGAACUUUGACAAAUACAUGAACUACAUUCAUGAUCCCAGAGAUCACUUCAAGAGUUUCAUCAGAGAUAAAGUCAGUCAGUACAUCACUGAUAAGUUCAGUGUCAGUGUUCGGCCCAAGAUGAUGAAGAACAUCAAACUCCUGCAGCAGAAGAUCAUGAACGCAGCUCAUGAAUCUACUGAACAUGUUCAAGUGAACAGUGGAGAUGUUGAAGCAGCUCAUGAAUCUACUGAACAUGUUCAAGUGAACAGUGGAGAUGUUGAUUUGUGGUUGAAGUGUUUCACACAGAAGCUCUCAGAUGUGCUGAUAUUCUCUGUUAAAGACUUCAGUGGAGUGAGUCAUGAUGAUGUUAAUAUCAAACUCCUACAAGAUGUGAUGAAAAAAGAACUUCCUCCAGUAAUAUCUGACUUAAGCAGUAAAUUCAGUGCAGAGACUUUCCCAGUGAAGCUGGACUACAAGUACAGACCAGAUGAGAUUCUGAUUGGUCACUUCUGUCAGUGCUGUUGGGCUCAGUGUCCUUUCUGUGCUGCAAUCUGCACCAACACAAUAGAAGACCAUGAUGGAGAUCACAGUGUUCCUUUCCAUCGAGUGGAUGGAGUUAAUGGCAAAUAUUACACUGGAACAACAAAUCUUUCUACAAGCAUCUGCACAACAGCAGUAGCAAGUGAUCGAUCUUUUCAUCCCAAAGGCCCAAAUCAGGUCUCAGUCCUCUGGAGAGAAUACAGAAAAGCAGGAGGAGUUUUUGCUAAGUGGAGCAUCACUCCUGAUGUCUCUGAAUUCCCGUACUGGAAAUGGUUUGUGUGCAGAUUCCAGAAAGAUCUUGAAAUCUUCUACAAUCAAACAUUCCAGGAGAGAGGAAAGAUCCCAGACAACUGGAGAAAAUACUCAAAACAGGAAGCUAUUGACAGUUUAGAUGAAUUCAUGUAGUGGAGAAUAUAAAAGAUGCUUUUUUAGCUUCUUGAUAAAGAUAACACAGUUUGAAAUGAGUUUCUCACUUUAGUAAGUCUGAACUCAUCUGUACAUCAACACAGAAGCAUUUUACAGAGUAGAAUAGUGAGAAAAAAAAACACAUCAAUAAUUAUUGUAAUAUACUUACAAGAUGUAUUUGAUAACCAGAGAAUUCAGUUAUUGUUAAAUUACAUUGAAAACAAUGUCUGUGAGGAUUACACUGGUGACCACUAGGAGUCACCAUUUAUGUAUCUUGUUCUCUCUGUGUCCUUUGAUGCAUUUUGGGUUUUGUAGUUCCUUUGUCUGGUCUUUGUUCAUUGGCUCUUGUGAUUAUUCCCCUGUUUUCAUUGUCAGUUCUUGUUUAUUUCUGGAUGUAUUAAUAUGAGUUUCAGUUCUUGUGUGGGAUUUAUUUUAUAGAGUCUCCACUAUGUUACAGUUUUCCAAAUGCAAUAAAUAAAUAGAUGUGGCUCCUCUGCCUCAUAUUCAUGCAAAUUAACCCUGUGAAGUGAACGUGUUUAGUGCUGUAUAAAUAACACAUGCCCAAAUGUCAACACUCAGAUGCAUUAGUAAUUUCUCCCAAAUCUUUUGUCCAGAAUCUCUUGUGUGCUUUUACAAUGCAACAAUAAAAUACGUCAUACUGGAAAUGUCCCUAAAUGUAUUUUCUAAACUUCAUAUUUGACGACCUGUCAAUCAC